CGGCCGUGGAAAGCGUUGCCCAGUUCCCCUCCACCGCAUUCUCAUUGCCGCUCGCCCUUUCCGAGCACUUUCCUUCAUGCAAAUUUGCAGAACUCAGUCUUAAAUCAGCCUGUAUAAAGAAAGAUAGAAGCCCUACUGGAAAAUAGGAGAAGCUAAUGAACGUUUCCCUCUCGUCUGCGCAGCUGGGAAGUAGUGAAAAACAAUCAGAGUAUAAAGUAUUUUAAUCUUCAGGAGACCAAGAUGUCAGAUCCAAACAAAGCUGCAAUUAGAGCAGAAAAGGAGGCUCUGAACUUGAAGUUACCUCCUAUUGUGCGCCCCCCUGAAGACAUAGGUGUUGACACACCAGCACAAAGUAAAUUGUUGAAUUACAGAAGAUCUAAGGAGCAGCAGAAGACGAUUAAUCAGCUAGUAGUUGAUGGAGCCAAAAGAAGUUUAGACAGAACGCUGGAUAAAAGGACACCUCCAAUCCCAGAGCCAGAUUAUCCUCCAACUAUGACCAGUGAAAUUAAAAAGAAAGGAUUCAACUAUAUUUAUAUGAAGCAAUGUGUAGAAAGCAGUCCUAUAGUACCUAUUCAGCAGGAAUGGCUGGAUCACAUGUUAAUGCUGAUACCUGAGUCUUUAAAGGAAGGGAAAGAAAGAGAAGAACUCAUGAAAAGUCUCAAAAAUGAAGUGUCAAGUGACUUUGAAAAAAGCAUGAAGAGGUAUCUGGUGAGGAGUGUUCUCGUGAAACCUCCAGUUAAAUGGCUUGAAGAUGAAGGAGGCCCUUUACCUACAUCCCCUGAAGGACUGGAUUAUUCUAAUCCUUGGCAUUCUAGCUAUGUGCAAACCAGAAAUCAAAUAUCAGCUAAUUUGCACAUUGUUCAUCCAACUAUGAAAAUAUUGCUGGAUCUUGGUUAUACGACGUUUUCCAAUUCAGUUUUGCUAGAUUUAACAGGGAUUAGAGCUAAAGGGCCAAUUGAUUGUGAAUCACUGAAAAAUGAUCUAUCAAUACAAGCUAAAAAGGCAGAAGAGAAGAUAAUGAACACAUGGUAUCCAAAGGUUAUAAAUCUUUUUACCAAGAAGGAAACUCUAGAAGCCAUCAAACCUGAAAAAUUGGAUGCAUUUUAUAACUGUGUUUCCACACUUAUGUCAAAUCAGCUAAAGGAUUUCUUAAAGAGAACUGUAGAAGGAUUUGUGAAACUCUUUGACCAAGAAGAUCAACGUGGGCUGCCAAUAUUUAAGAUGGAACUGACAUUUGAUGAUGAUAAAAUGGAAUUUUAUCCUACCUUUCAAGAUUUGGAAGAUGUUGUUUUGGGUUUGGUAGAGCGGAUAACUGAAGCUUUACAGAAUGUCCAAACAGUUCCCUCUUGGCUGUCAGGAACUUCACCAACUGUAAAUCUUGACACACAACUUCCUGAACAUGUGUUACAAUGGGCUCUUACUACACUGAAGUUGGCAGUACAUCAUAACUUAGAAGGUGCAAGAAAACAUUAUGAGACAUACGUUGAAAAAUACAAUUGGCUUCUUGAUGGGACUGCAGAUGAGAUGAUAGAGACUUUUCAGGCAGAAGAUCAUACUUUUGAUGAAUACACAGAGUAUUUGCAGCGAAUUUGAAGCAAUUAAAGAGCAUGCAUUAAAAGUCCCUGAGACAACAGAAGAGAUGAUGGAUCUGAUAUCUUAUGUAGAAAAAGCCCGGA